GACGAGGACGAGGACGAGGACGAGGACGACGACAACGACGUCGACGACGACGACGACGACGACGAAGACGAGGACGAGGACGAGGACGGAGGACGGUCGGUGGCGUGGGGGGUGGACAUCCACGCGGGAACUCGAGGCAGGCGCACCCGGCCGGCACGCACACACAUUCAUUCUAAGAUGUGAUUUCAAAAAUGGCGGAUUGCCCCUAUGCCCGUUGCAUACAGGAACGCAGACACAUCCGACGGGAGCUGCUGCGAUGGACAAAGAAUAUGGUCUUCGUAGUCGUUGCGGUGGUGUCGCAGGUCUGGAACGGGUAGCGGAGGAGUUGAUGGGCCGUAGGAGAUGGAAGCAAUAUCAGGACACCCUGUACAGCGGUACUCGCAGCAGCGAAUCAUUGACGGCACAGGCCCACCACCGGCUAUACCCGGCGUUCUCGUCGUCCUGCGACCCGGUGCCCGGGAACCUGGAACAGAUUGGGUCGCGCCCGCUUCAUCCACCCGCUUCGUCCACCUCAUUGCCCGCAACGAUAACGACGACGACGACGACGACGACUACGACGACGGCGACAGCGGCGGCAACGGCCACGACCACGGCCACGGGCCUGAUCAAGCAGGAGACGCUCCAGAGGCACCAUCACCUGCAGAAUCACCAUCACCAUCUCCAAUCCACCGCCGUGCAAGACCACCACCGUCCCUAUCAACAACAGCAGCAGCAGCAACAGAGGCAGCAACAGAGGCAGGAGGAACGUCGCCUGAGGCCGGACGAGAUCAAAGUCGAGGUCGGCGAGGACGAGUUCGCGAACGGCGGCGCGGCAAGGGACGAGUCGAAGGCCGGGUCGACCGACGCCUCGACGCCGGCCACGGUUACCACGACGGGUGCCACCACGACUUUGCCCGCGGCGAGCGCGACGGGCACAGGGCCCGCGGCGCCGAGCGCCGUCGUCGCGGCCAGCGUCAUCGCGACGUCGAACGCAACGGCGGCGAUGACCACGGGGACCACGACGAUCCCGACCAGGCGGCUGAGGAAACGCCGUCAGAACGACGGGGAGGGGGCCGACGACAGGGACGACGACGAGGAGAACGAGGAGGAGGAGGAUGGGAGGGGGCAGAGCGAGGCGGAGAAACGGUUGAAACUCGACGAAGACGCCGACGGGGCCGUCAGUCCUCUGAGGAGGGAGAAGGAUCGGGGAUCUCGGGAGUAUCCGACUUCCAACGCCACCGAUACGGAUGGGACCAAGGAACGAACGGAAGAAGUCGCGUUGGAUCGGACACCGGUGACGCAAGGGUUGUUGAGAGUGAAGAAGGAGGAGGAGUUGCAAGAAGCGCCGAGUUGUGGAGGCGGCCCGACGAUAUUGACGACACCCGGUUUGGAUUCGGACGGGAUCAGGUUGCCGUGUCGGGAGGUUGAGGCGGCCGCUACCGCAAGGAACGUGGUAGCGCCGUUUCUGAUCGGGAGCCGACGCACCAGCCCGCCGCCCGAAGACUGGAAGCCGCUAGACAAGUGUUACUUUUGCCUGGACGGCAAGCUUCCCCACGAUGAUCAACCACCUCUCAGCCCGCAGAGCGACAGUAGCAGCAGCUCGCGAUCGGCCGAAUCACCGAUGUCGGUCCAGGUGGACCCGAUGGCGGCAUCCGUGGUCGCCGCGGCUCUCACCGGUACCUACCCCACCCUACUGCCUCAGUGGUGUCUACCACCAAGGGAGGCGCCUCUCGUUGGGGUGCAGCCUCAUCAGGACAGUGCAACGCCAGCCGACCAACCUCUCGACCUCUCGGCCAAACCCAAAAAUUCUCAGGAUAACAACAUAUCUCUAUUGGAACAACAGAAAAUACCUCUGAGGAUGACAGCAGGUAUCGAUCCCAAGAGUAUCUUUAAUUCCGGUUAUCGGCCGAAACCACGCAUGAGCGGGCCGGUGGCGGCCGUGGCGGCGGCGGCCGUGGCGGCGGCGGGGGUCGGUGGUGUCCCCGUGGUGGGUGCCGGGGGUGGCCGGAGGGCCUACACCGAGGAGGAGCUGCAAGCCGCGCUCAGGGAUAUCCAGAGUGGCAAGCUCGGCACGCGGAGGGCUGCCGUGAUCUACGGGAUACCGCGCAGCACCCUGCGCAACAAGGUCUACAAGCUUGCGAUGGAGCGCGAAAGGGACGCGUCCCUGUCUAGCACCCACUCACACCCUCACGAGCCCGGCGCCCCAGCCACCACCAUCACCACCAUCACCACCACCACCACCACCACUACUACUACUACUACAACUACAACACCAAAUACGACCCAAAACGCCUCCGCGACCACUCCGCCCCCGCAAGUGGAUGAGGUGGACGACAAAGAACUGUCGGGAGCGGAAGAGGAGAAAGAAGUGGAGAAGGCUCUGUUGAAGCCGCUGUUGUCCUUGGAGGAUCUCGUCAGGUUUUCCACGCUCGAGGGGAGCGGUGGCGAUUCCCUGAGAACGUUGUUGCAACGGGGGCAGGAGACGGGGGCCGAGUGGCCGGGGCUCGAACACGCCAACAUCGGCCCCUACAUACAAAAGAUGAUCGCGGCAGCUGCGCCGUUCAAAGGCAUGGAGACGCAAGAUUAUCGCAUUCCAGAGGUGAUGAGAAGGCUGAUGAGCGAGGACAAGAGGCUAAGCAAGAGCGUGAACGGGGACCAGUCGCAGCCGCCGCAUCAGCAGCUGCAUCAUCACCAGUCGACGCAUCCCCAGGCCCAGGCGCAGGCGCAGCCGCAGCAGCAGCAGCAACAGCAGCAGCAACAGCAGCCGCAGCAGCAGCAGCAGCAACAACAGCAGCAGCAGCAGAGGGGCCCGAUGACGAACGACGACUUCAACCCGAACAUCGAGGAGGAGGCGAGCGACAGCGCGCAAGGGAGAGCGAUCCUCAAGAUUCCGUCCUACAAGCCGGCGAGCACGCCCGGGUGCUCGAGCAAGAACGGCGAGCCGACGUCGGCCGCGUUCGCGCAGGGGUUCGCGACCGCGGCCUCGAGCCCCGGCCUCCUGGAGCGGGCGAGUCCAGCGUUCUCGGGCACGAGCAGCCCGACCAACUCGUUGGUGGGGAAGACGGUGGCCGUGAACUUUCGCGACGUGAUCGCGAAGAGCAUCAGCGUGAAGUUCCAAGAGGGGCAGACGGUGUCGGGCGGCGGGAUGGGCGGGUGCCAGCCGGGCGGGGUGGUGCAGUCGCAGCAGCCGAUCAUGACGGACCCGAGCCCGUUCAAGAGGGGCAGAUACACGCCGCCGCAGCCGGCGAACGCGCAGCAGGGCCAGGCCCAGGCCCAGGCGAAGCCGCAGAGCCAGGAGGCGAACAAACCGAAGCCGGCCACGGGCGGCAAAGGAACCAGGCCGAAGCGGGGCAAGUACAGGAACUACGACAGGGACAGCCUGGUCGAGGCUGUGCGCGCUGUUCAAAGGGGCGAGAUGAGCGUGCAUCGCGCGGGCAGCUAUUACGGGGUGCCGCACUCCACCCUCGAGUACAAAGUCAAGGAACGGCAUCUGAUGAGGCCGAGGAAGAGGGACCAGAAGCAAUCGGACGAUAAGACGAAGGAGACGUCUACCGUGACAGCGGCGGCAGCCGCGACCAACAUACGGCCGGGUACGGCGGACAAGAAGCCGCAGUUGAAGCCGCAGAAACCUUUCACGUCGCCGGGCGGUAUACCGGGCCCCAACGGGAUCAAGAUGCCAUCGUUCAUGGAGGGGAUGCCUCAUUUACCUUUCACGCCGUUCAACUUUUGGAAUCCGCCGCCGUUCAUGCCGUCGCCGUUCAUGGCGGGGGCGCCCAACGUGCCCACCAUCCUGCCCGAACAAUACUUCGCCACGAGCAGGAUCCGGGGGUUGCAGGAGCAGCAGAGGAACGCGGCCAUGGUGCAGCAGCAGCAGCAGCAGCAGCAGCAACAGCAGCAGCAACAGCAGCAGCAGCAGCAGCAUCAAGCGAGGGAGAGGGAGGGGGUCGGCGCGGGGAUCGCGGAGACCUCGGCCGGAACGUCGAACUCCCGCGGCGCGGCGCAGAUGAGCAAAGUGCCGCGGGAUGUCUCGGAGGGUAUCUACGACGGGUCGGGGGCGAACGGCAGUUUCUUGGACAAUUUGAUCAGGUCGAGCCUCGAGACGGGUAUUCCAAGGGACCAGAGGGCGAUGACCGAGGCGAGGAACCAGCAACAGCAAGCCAGCUCGCAGCAACAAAUCCCCGAGUCGAUGAGGAGCAAAGCGUUGAUCGACCAACUGUGCCGAAACUCGAGGAGGACGCCUGUGCCGAGGUUGGCGCAGGACAGCAGCGAGGACGAGAGCUACAGGGGGCCGUCGGCGAGCGGGGGCAGGCCGGUGCCCGAGAGGCCCGAGCGGGUGCCCACCGUCGACCUCAGCCCGUCACCGUCCGACAGGGGUCGAAACGACGACGGCAGCGAUCGACUCACCUCCCCGCCCACGCCCCUCUCCAUCUCCAGAGCCGGGAGCAGAGACGAGGACAGCACCCGCGACUCGACCAAGCUCGAUCGUAGCAGCAGGGAACGCGAGGUCCAUAACGGUGGACAACAGGAGGAUCGAGAUAGGAAAACCCUGACCUCGGCCCCUCAACAACCGCAACAACAACAACAGCAACAGCAACAACAGCAGCAGCAGCAACAACUGAACCAUUACCCGGACUUACACAAUCUCUACGCCGUACCAACUGACAAAAAAAGUGCCUGUGAUAGUAAGCUUAUAGUAGAUCAUUCGAGCCAGAAGACUCAACAACAGCAGCCGCAACAGCAGCAGCAACAACAACAACAACAGCAACAACAAUCGCAACAGCCACAGCAGCAACAACCACAACCACAACCACAGCAACAGCAACAACAACAACAGCAGCAACAACAACCACAGCAGCAACAGAAGGAGUACGGUGCAGUGAGCGGACUGGUCGUGCAACUGCAACGGGGCUACAAUAGCGGGAACAACAGGUCCGGUGAGCAGGCGAACAGCCAACAACAGCAGCAACAACAAUCGGGGGAGCCUGUAAUCGGUAUGGAAGACUCCGUGGAGCAGUAGGAAACGAAAAGUCGGUAUCGUUGACCAUAAGUACAUAAGUAUAAAAGUUACGAUAUAUGAUAAAUACGGCGAAAUACGAUCCGUGCGCGGCGAUAUACGACACACGGUGGACGCGUGGACGGGAUUUGAUUCCGCGCCCCAACGAUUCCGCGGGUAUUCGGCGUACACCGCGUCGCCACGGUCCGGAGGAUUCUCGGCCUCCGCUUUCCCUUUCUCCCUCGGCCUCGCGCUUGGCAGCGUUGCCGCCGCCCCCCCCCCCUCCCUCCUCCUCUCGGUGUCUCGAUCGGGAGAAGCGGCGGCCGGAAAUCGUGCACUCGUCACUUUGUCGCGCCUCGGCUAUGAAAGCGAGCGCGCGGCCGACCACCGUUUCGACCGAGGAGAAGGCCCCGGAGGUGAAAGCCGAGCACCUCUCCGCCCCUCCGUAGCUGAUGCGCGUGGUGCGUGUGCGCGUGGUGAUGCGCGUGCACAGGAUGACGUUGCAAACGUUUCGAACGCCACGCUUCUUACGUCACCCAACAGCCCCCUGACCCUGCCCUUUCCACCCGGAAGUCACCCGGAAGUCGGGAACCGCCCGCGUCCAGGUCCCGUAUUGUAUGGGAGGUUAAAGGAAACGGAGGGAGAAAAGGGGGGCAGAGAAGAAGAAGGAGGAGAAGAAGAAGAAGAAGAAGAAGAAACGAGUAAGUGCAGUAAGCAAGAAAAAUACCCCGACCAUCCGCGAACCCAUUGCGAUUCCAUCGGUUUUACACGAGUAUCCGGCCUCCUCGAUCUCCUGUCCAGCUGACGGUAGGUCGUACCGGAACUGUUUUUUCGACUCUAUGGCGAAUAUUUCGUGGAAAGGCGCAAAAAAAGGAGAAGAAAAGAAAAAAACGGAUAUAGCGACACGUACAAAUAUCAUUGUACGUGCAUACGACACACACACGUGUAUACAUACAUACGUACAUACAUAGACACAGGUACACACACACACACAAUUGAUCUCACACAAAUGGCCCCCAUAUUCACACACGCAGGCAGUAAUGAAAACGUAUACUCGUACGCUCGAUUAAUAAUUAUUGAACGCAAUUUUUUCGACACGUGCACACGGGACGACUGCUUUCCGACGCUCCGUCGUGUGAUCCACGUUAUAUCCGCGACAUCCUGGCGUGUCGGAGAACAAAAAAGAACGGGGGGAAAGUAGUUGUAGAACGGGCGGAGCGGUGGAGUUAAGACAGUCCACGACAGUUCCGUGAGAGGGGAAAAAGAAAAGAAGAAAAAAAGAGAGAGAGAGGAAAAAGAAGAAGAAAAAAAAGGAAAGGAGAUAAGCCGCGCGAUAAAAAAAAGAAAUUCUGUGAGGGUUGUUCAUCCGGCCGAGCAAAUCGCGCGCGAAUCGAACGAAUAAUAUGUCGAAACGAUGCGACGGACACGGGACUUCUUUCGAAAAAGAGAGAGAAAAAAAAAAGAAAAAAGUAACGGACGACGGUCGAGGUCGAGAACACGAACAAAUUAUUUAACAAAAUAAUGCCGACGCAACAACAAAAACAACAACAAAAACAAACAACAACAACGUAUUUUUUUCCUUUAUCGAUGUAAAACUACCUAAUGCAAAAAAAAAAAAACUUAUUACCUACUAACUAACAUUACUUAACUCGUAAGGAGCAACAUAAUUAUAUAAGGAAUGAUAUAUUAUAUAUACAUACAUAUAUAUAUAUAUAUAUAUAUACAUAUAUUUUUGGUCAUUAAACGAACGUAUGCGAAACGAGAACGAGCCAAGACUUUUGUUGGCGCGCGAUAUAGAUGACGUUUUUUCACAAGGCGACAAUAUUUCUCUAAUCUCGAUUAUUUCGAGGCUGGCGUUCGGUAGAAACGCGUUUUAUCCCCCUCAAUCCCCCACCCCCCCUCUCAAGCUUUUGGUCGCUCCAAAAAGAGGAAAAAAAGAGGAAAAAAAAGGGAUGAACGAUAAAGUUGAUCAGGAAGGUGUUGUGAUUAGGGCGAUCUUCAUCGACGAGGCGUCGUUUAGAAUCGAUUCGAUAGACGAGAUCUUGGAAAUUGAUUUCCAGUUUUCGGAAAGAAAGAAAGAAAAAAAGAAGGGGGGAGAGGAGAAUUUUCAUCGGCGAAAAUCGUUCUGUUACCGCGAGUUAUGGACCGAUCGAGGAAUCCACACACACACAUAUACACAUACACACACACAUACAUACACACGCAAAAAGAAAGAAAGGAAGAAAAUGAAAAAUACGCGUAGAUGUAUAUAUAAGGGAUAUUUGGAGGGAAAAGGAUCGCUUGUUCUUCGCUCGGUCGCUCUUUACCGAAGCGCGAAAAAAAGAAAGAAGGGGGGAAAAAAAAAAGAAAAGAGGGAAAGGAAAAAUUUUUUCUUACGCGCCCACGUUUUGAUACAAAUGCAAAUUUUCUAAUCGCGUAGAGGAAGAGAAGCAGCUGUAACGGCGGCGUUCGUAGAAUUUUUUCACUUGUAAAGAAGAAGAAAAAAAAGAAAAAGAAAAAGAGAAACAUCCCACUCUCGUUUUUCUUAGAAGGAUCGGUGCUCUUUCCCUUUUUCUUCCGGAUCGAAUCGAUCAGAUAAAGAAAAAAAGCUUGGUGAUUGGUCGAUUAGAGUUAGAAAUACGUAAAUCGGAAAGAAAAAAAAAAAAAAAGGGGAGAAGCAAACGUUUCGAUAGAGUCUUCUCUUCUCGUCUGAAUUUUUCCACGAAUUCUACGAGUUUCGCAUCGCGACUUUCGAAUGCGAAUUCUUUUCUCCACCGAUCCUUUCGAUUUUUUAGCAUCGAUCGUAAGAUGAAAUUUAGAGAUGAGAUUAGAGAUGGAAUUCGGGGACAAGCGUCGAAAUGAUCGACGCCACAUCACCGUCGCUUUUAGGAGACUAUCUAGAAAUUUCAAGAAAUCGAGUGUUUUUUUUUUUUUCUUUUUCGGGAAAUCAAACGAUUUUCUUAAAAUCGAUCGUUUCGACGACACAACGACGAAAGAGACGAACGAUGACGAGGAUGUUUAGCGAGAACGACACGAGAACGAAUUUAGGGAACGAGCGUUAUUUAGAGCGUUAAUUUGCAAGGAUCAGUCGCGUGGUAGGUUGGAAGUAGUAGGGAAGAGAAUCGUCGCGACUGUUUUUUUUUUUUUUUUUUUCGGCCGCGACGAGAGACACGACACGAGAAGAACGCCAGUCCCCUCCUCUUUUCGCUAAUUUUUUCACAGAAGUAAUCCACGAGCGUCGUGCGCGCGACUAGGUAUCGAGGUAUCUUCUCGUAUUUCAUAUUAGAAAUUCCGUUCGACAGGAGAACCUUGAACUAAUAUUAUAUAGAUAUUGAACAGUGUUGAGAAAGAAAAUGGAGGAAAGGAAAAGAUGAAGAAGAUGAAAAAAAAAAAAGAAAAAGUAGCGGUGAUUUCGUCGUUUCGCUAGUUGUAGUAGCCGAGCAGAACGUUUGGACCAAGACGAAAUCUUAGCCGAGAAAGCGGCGAAAAUUCGAAGUGAGUGAAAAACUCGUUUAGCGAAAAAAAAAAAAAAAAAAACACGAACACGCGUAGGGACGCGUAUACGCGAGGAUUAUUUAGUGUGACGCGUUCAGAAAAAACGCGUCGAUAUAUAAUGUGUAGAUCGCGGAUCGCCAUGAUUUUCCGUCUUUCUCGCGUGUCGAGGAAGGAGAUCAUUAUUCACAGAGUUCUGAUUCUAAAAGGACGAGGACAGAGGAAACGAAAGGAUAAAUUCACGCACUCAUCUCUCAUACGACUCUCUUUAAGUAAAGUAACGACUGAAAGACUCUAGGCUGUACAUAAAGUAUAAGGCAUGUAUGUUCGGUGUUUUCAAAGAAAAAAAAAAAAAAAGAAAAAAUGCAAAAAUUCCUUACUAACGCAAGCAAAAAAAAAAAAAGAUUAUUACCUUACGGAAUAAUAAUAAUAAUAAAAAAAAAAAUAAAGUAAAUCGUGUAAGCAAGGCUAUUCUCUCGGUGUUUUUUGGAAAAACUAAACUUAAAAACGAAAAUUUACUCCCGCGUCCCCCCCCCCUAAACUCUCCGCCCCCUAAACUUAAAGGCAGAUUAAAAAAAAAAAAAAAAUAAAGAACCGCGAAUCGAGGAGUAACUUUGAAGGGAAGAGGAAAGAAUAAAUAAAUAACGGGGAAAAAAAAAAGAAAAGAAAAGAACUAAGAGGGGUGAAACGCACCCACGCAAGAGAAGCGCGUCGGAAAAUAAAAUAGGAAAAAAAAAAAAAUAUUAAAAAAUCAAGUUAUCGAGUGUAAACGUUAAGGUCUCCUUAGGGUUAAAGAAACUGAAAAAGAAAAAACAAAAAAAUAUCAUAUUAUACCGAAGCUGAACAGCGGAAAAAAAAAAAAAACACAAGCGAAAAGCAAAGCACUAAUCAUGAUUGUGUGUAAACGUAAAAUUAAAAAAGACCCCACCCUCCCCCCCUCCUUCCUUCUAUCCUCCAACACCAACACACAACCCUUUUUAAUCACACAGCCAGCCGACUUUAUAUCCGCUUCGCGUCAAAAGUGUAAAUUGUUCGGUGUGAUCUUAAUCUACACGAUACCUCGAAAGGAACAAAAAAAAGAAAAAGAAAAAAAAGGAUACCCCCUUUUUUUUUUUUUCUUUUUUCUAAAAACAUUUGCCAAGCACUACACCAAAAAAAGAAAGGGAAGAACUAUCUCUCGACACACUCGUUUCCCAAUCUAUCCACCUACCCUUCUUUUCCUCGUUUCUCUUCCCCUUCGCCUUUAAGAUUCCCCCCCCCCUCUCUUUUCCUUCCUUCUCCUAUCCCCGAACUUUACCUCUGUCCCACCUGCUCCCUCCUAACCCUUACUUUAAUCGAAUCCUCUUCACCGUUUCCAACCCCCGUGCAAAAUCCAGUUCACUCUGGGACAAAAGAGUACUACUACUAUUACUAUUACUACUACAACUACAACUAAAACUAUUGCUACUCUCCCGAUAUAUUCCCUUUAUCGAAAGAUUUAUCGUUAGAUGUGAAAAAUGAAUAUUUAUCGUACGGAUGAUUGUAAAACGUGCGUAAAAAAUUAUGAUUGUCGUUAAAAUUAAAAUUUACGGUUAUUAAAAAAAAAGAAAGAAAGAAAGAAAGAAAGAAAGAAAGAAAGAGAAAAGAAAAAUAGUCGUAUACGUCGCGACGUAUAUAUUUUGCACACGCGUUCUCUUCACCCGAUCGGGAGCCGAUCCGCGUCGUCGUCGUCGUCGAUCCACUCGUUUUCCCGCGACUUUUCUUCUUCUUAUUUUCUUUUUUUUUUGCCGACGAAGGAAAGUCGAGACGAUCGUUUCGUUUACCGUCCGCGACGGAUUUCAUCGAUGAUUGCCUCGAUUCAAAACUCUUUCCCUCUUCCUCCCCCUUCCUUCCCAUCAUUCGAUUAUAAUUAUAUCCAUAAAAAUUAACGAAACUCGACGAACGAAUUUCUUCUCGUCCUUCCUUCCGAGGCGCAAUUUAAAGAGAAAAAAAUGAACGAAUCGAAAAAGAAAGUUUUUUUUCCUUUUUUUUUCUACUUUCGACGCACGAUAACGCACAACAACGCUCUCGCUGAUAAUCAAAAAAGAGAAAAGUAAUGGCGGGCGCGUCAUCCUGGAUACGGAAGAGGGUUCGAGAAAUGGGGGAAAUUUCUGGCUCGACGACGGCGGCUACGGCUCCUGCACAAAUUAGAUACCUCGCGCGAGAGGUGCGAGGAUCCUCGUUCGUGCGACGAUUGAAUCGCGACAAUUGGGACGAUCGGCGCUAACGGCGUAAUUAACGGGGGAUCCCCGUAUAAUGAUUUCCCGGUGACACAGUCGCGUCAACGUGUCUGCCACGGCGAUUUCGUUUUAACGAGACUGAAUGAAAUUCGUUUACGUGUCCUCGGGGAGCCCCAACAUUUUUCUCCCCGAGCAGCGAUAUUAUUGGUAAUGAUAGAAACGCCGUUUUUUCUAGGAAAAAGAAAAAAAAGGAAAAAAAAAAAACAAAAGAAAAAAAGAAAGAAGGGAAGGAAGGGAGGAAAAGAUCGUUAUCUAUUUUUGCGGACGAUUAGCGCCGGUGUGUAAAAGUAAUUGGACAACGUUGUUCUGUGAUCUUUUGAAAACAUCGUCGGACAAAUUUUUUUCUUUUGUCCGUUUCUCGAGUAGAGAAGUUUUUUCUAGAAAAACUUUCGGAAAACUUUCGUUUUUUCUAAAUGAUGAGGAUAGGGCGGAUAACGAGGUCGCAUAGAUUAGGGCAGAUAUCGUUGCCAACGCGGCUGUAGAAAAGGCGUCGAAUUAUUUUAUUCGUUUAUUUUCCUUUCUUUUUUUUUUUUUUUUUUUUUUUUCUCUUCGAGGAAGACGGCGGGAUAAAAGAGCGUGUCGAAAUAUAAUAUAAGGAAAAUGGAAUAUCGCUUAGAUAUUUUGCUUUCGCGUUUGAAUUUGCAGAUUAGAAGAAUUGAAAAGGGAUCAAAUUCGUCGAAGUGUUUAAUUAAUCUCGGAAAGAGCGAAUAAUAAUUUCGCGCGCUCGUAGAUUUCCGGUCGUCUCACUCCACCACGUCGCGUACGAUACGCUGAAACGAAUCCGGCGGAGAGACGGCGGAUUUAUUGGUCGAGGAAGGGAAGGGAGAAGAAAAAAGAAAAAGAAAAAGAAAAAAAAAAGGGAAAAAGAAAAAAACGGGGGAAGAAAAAGAAAUCUUUAAGAAUUAAAAGAAGAUAUAUUAUAUUAAAAUAUCUGUGAUGUAAAAAGUAACAAAAUUUUGAUGUAUAUUUUUCACAAAUUAUUGUAACCAGCUAGUGUAUAUGUGUAAGAUUACGGAUAUAAAAAAAAAAGAAGAAAAGAAAAAGCAAAAAAAAAAAAAAAAAAAGAAGAAAGAAACAAAUACUAUUAUGUAUAAUUUACGGUGUGUGGAGACAAAAUGACGGAGGAUAAGAGAGAGAGAGCGGAUUGGAAACAAGCCAACGGAACAAAACAGAAGAAGGAGAAAAAAAAGAGGAAAAAAAAAACAAAACCGGGAAGGAAAGGGAAACCGAAACAAAAUAUUGGAGGGAGAAGCGGAGAUCGCGGAGAUUAUAUACGUUAUAUCCACACCGGUGGUCAGACGGGACCAAGAUGGCGGGCAUUGCUCGGAAAGUCGGGUCCAAAGAUUCUCGUUUUUUCAAAGCUUUUCGCGCCAUUUCGUUUUAUUAAGGCUCGCGAUAUUUCACUUUGUUACUUUGUUAUUCUGGGGAACGGAACAUUCGACCAUCGAAUCCUUCUCAUUCAGUAUUGGAAACACGCGUGGAGAAAGGGCGGGAAAGAUGAGAAGGGGAAUGAAUUUUUCGCAACGUAUAAAUUCUUCAUCGUUGAAAAUUCAAAUUCAAAUUUUUAUAAAAUCGUUUCCUUCGUUCAUUGAUACGUCUGUCUCGUAAAAAAGAAAAAAAAGAAAGAAAAGAGAAGAAAAGAAAAGAAAAGAAAAAAAUCGGAUGCUUCUCCACCAAAAACUGGAAGAUUUGGUCCGAUUGGCCCUGAAACGGCUCAAUGUCAGCUACCUCACAGAAUAUCGUCACGUUUGGUAUGAUUUUGCGCAGGGGAUGUUCGCGUGUUUCCGAAGGGAAAUUGGAUGGCUGCCCAAUCAAUCUCGAUACGUUUCUUUAUCAACACGAUCGUUCCUUUUUUAAAAAUUAUAUAUAUACGUAUAUCUAUCCGUGGAUCAAAAUGCGAAGAGAAAAAAAAAAAGAAUUUCAAAUUUCGCCUCGACGAUAAAUUAAACUAAAAGAACGGAAUUUUGAACGGAACAAUCGAUCGAUCAUUGGCCAAUCAGUUUCCUCGAAACGGUAAACGCGCGAACUUCAUUGGAGUGGGGUCGUGUGUAGAAAUGGUCUAAACAGUUCCAAAUUGUGCCUAAGUUUCGACGUUACGUUUUUACGACUCGCAACAGAACGAACGACGAAUGUAAUAACCGUAGCAACAAACUGAAGUUUUUUAGUUCGAUGGUGGGGUUGUUCCAAAAGUAAUGGUAAAAAAAAAAAAAAAGACAGGAGGCAGUGAACGGGAUAGAGGCAAAAAAAAAAAGAGAGAAAGGAAAGAGAAAUGAAAAAAAAAAAAAAAGAAAGAAGAAGCGAUGGACGACUUUUAAGCUAAAUUUAAACAAAAAAAAAAAAGUAUAUUACCUCCGUAUAUACGUUCCAGGGCCGUCCGGCCGCCAUCUUGCGUUCAUUUUUACGUUCCGUUUUGUCGAAUAAGUGCAAUUAGGUACACUGACAUCAGACACGAACAACACAGACACUUCUACUCUUCGACACGCGCAUUCACACGCUACACAUACUUACACACACGCAUGAAAAAACAGACGUCGAAGAAAAAAAUGAUGAAAACGAACUGUUACGCGCUAGGUUACCGUGUUUUUAAAUUCUAUUUUCAAUUCACGCAUUCUCGAAUGUUAGGAUUUUCGUGAUCAACGAAGAGCUGGCCUGUCGUUCACAUAAGGAUGAUGAUACACGUACACACAAAGACGUACACACACGCGAACACAGGAUAUACACACAUCGACACAUACACUGCAAAUAGCAGCCGACGUCGAUUCGACGACAAAGUAUGAUAUACGCCACUUUCAGUAUCUUCGAACGUUCGUGCUUUUCUUCGUCAAUCAUCAUCUGGCUUUUCCAGCUAGUAGAUUUUUCGUACACGUGACACGGUUUUUUCGUGAAAGAGAAAUUUAACGUAAUCGCUCGUAUUUCGGAUCAACGGGCGUUCAUUUGUCCCGCCGCGGUUUCGCCCGAAACCGCGAAAGAAAAGAGAAACGAAGGAAGUGGCACGCGUCCGAUCGAGGAUCGGAAAGGGGCGGAGAAAGAAAGAGGGUAGAAGAAGAAAUUACCGCCUGAACCAACGUAUAGAAACCGAGAUGGUACGGUCCGUCAACGGUCGAAAACUUGGUACCUUUCUAAUUGGCUUUAAUGAUAAGCUCGUUGAUAAUUCGUAGGCUCUAGUCAUGCAAUGACUCUAAAAAAAGAAAAAAAAAGAAAAAAAAAAAAGAAGAAGAAGAAGAAAAGACGAGAAGUCGUCCCCCUCCCCCCGAGAAGCGAUUAGCGGGCGAUCUUCAUCGUGAAUUCGUAUACGUUAAAAAAAAGCUGACGACGCGACGCGACAAGAAAGAAGAAAAACUUUUUACCGAUUUGUGUUCAAUGGGCGAACAAGUCGACAAGGCGUCGAUUCGACGUCCGGCUCUGUACACCGAUAUAUAAUUAUAUAUAUAGAAUCUUCUAACGCGUACGCGCGUUGAGCCGCGCGCAUGCGCGAUCGUGCGCGCGACCCACGCGCAAGGGAAGGAAUCUAAAUAGAUAGGUAGAUAGAUAUACGAGAAAAAAAGAAGAAGAAGAAGACGAAGAAGAAGAAGAAGAAGAAGAAAAAGAAAAGAAAGAGAAAGAAAAAGAAAAGGGAAGAAAAAAAUCGGAAUCGAUUUGAAAGCGCGAGAAUGAGGAAAGAAUGAGGGAAAGCCAGUGCUCCGACCACGCCUCCGACAACAGUCCGAAUCGCGGAUUCUCCUCGUAUUGCGACUGACAGCGAUUUCUUUGCAGAGCUCUCUCGCGACAAUUGCGGAAACGAACGAGCUACGCGAAAUCAUCCGUUCUCGCUACCUAUUGGAGGAAGUUCUUUUUUUCAUUAUAUCGGGCGCGCGUUUCGUGUGCUCUUCGAUUCGGAAGACACCCGCGGAAAGACAGCUGCGAUCGGUCGGUACUCGGUCGGCAUAGACGCUCGUACCGGUUAUCGACACAUUUUGAUUAAACCUUUUGUCGAAUAUAGUUUUCGUGUAUAUCGUCGCGCGAAUCGGCGUUUCGAUCGAUCAAUCGGGAUAUUAAAUUAAAUCGGUUCGGUUGAUGAAAUUCAAUGUUUCGCAUCGGUGGAUCCAAAAAAUAAAGAAAGAGAGAAAGAGAAAGGAAGAAAAUAAAUAAAUAUAUAGAGCGAUGUAAAGAAAGACGCGCGAUCGCUGCUGCACAUAUAUAUAUCCGUAUAUCCGGGCGUCAACGGGUGAAAACGGGAGUUCGUGAAAUAAAUAUAAUUAUUCGUCCAUCAAAAGGUGAUGUAUUCUUUAAAGUACAAUUACUUCUUGUUCCAUAUAUACGAAUCGAAAUUACUUUCAUGUUCCUAUUUCGAAGUUUAAGAAGGGGAGCGAACUGAGUCGAAUCUUGUUUGCGGCUCGAGAGCGAUGCGUCCUCGUCGGUCGCGGAUCUCAUAUUUCCGCGAAGGUGGCGGGCCAGAUCGGAGGCGGUCGGUCACGACACUGACUAUGCCUAGAAAACUUUUUCGACUAGUAGGCGUUAGGGAAAACAAAACAAAAAUGGCGCCGGUACUACGUUACAGUUAGCACCGGUUAGUACUCGUAGUUUGGCGCUUUAGUUGUUUGUAUAUCGCGUUGUUUCGUUCCUUUUCGUUCUUUUUUUUUUUUUUUUUUUUUUUUUUUUUUUCUAAUAUCAUCAUCGUCACUGUGUAAGCCCGACCUCGCCGCGCAAAAAUUCCCCGCGUCGAGGCGGGGAAUCGGGGAAUUGGGCCCGGUUGAGGGAAUGGGACGAUUCGCCGCGCGAAACAAAGCCAAUCUUUUCAUUCGCCGUAUCAUGCAUCCGAGUAUAUAAUCGUAUAAUCGUAUCAUUGGGAAGAUUAGCGUGGCGCCAUAUGGCGGAACGAUUGGUUGAAAUCGGUUGAAAAUGACGAACGAAUCCGAACUUACGGUGGCUACAGCUACCUCGAUGUUUCAAUCAAUCAAACCUGUUUGUACCAAAAUUCACACACGCAGUGAAAUUCACACACACACACACACAGCACCGGAAAUUCAAAGUACGACCAACUACUAGUUACGGACCAAGUACGCUGAACUGCCGGUGAAUUAAUCAAAAGACACACGUCCGUCGAUGUUGCGGCGCGUUACGUAUACGAGAGACUUUUUCGAGAGACUGUGUUUCACCGUGUGUUCUCGUUCUUCUUUGCUUCAUUCCCGAAACAAGGAACCCCCGGGGCCACCCCCCCAAUCGUUCCCCUCCUUGGCGUGUAGAAGAACAACGCGUGUAGACGGACACGCGUCCCGCCGAAAUUCAACCGGCGAGGCCGGGCACGUUCCGAUGCGCUACAAAGUUUUUAAAAGUUUAAAAGAAAAAAAUUACGCGAGAGCGAAAGAGGUAAAUUAAGGACAAGAAGAAUUAAGCGAGAAAAAGAUAUAAAAACAAAAAAAAAAAAAAAAAAAAAAAGAGGAAAAACUAAGAGAAUCCAACCGGAUCUAAAUCCCCCUCCCCCACGCUCCGAUCCCUCCGCACCGAAAUCCACCAUUUUUUGGACAUGAUCGUCAUAUCCAUCCCCUCCCCACCUCCUCCUCCCCACCCUCUGGACAACCUAUGGCAAACGCAAUUUGAAAAAAAAAAAAAAAAUUCACCUUGCAUUUUCCGACCACACACGCACACUUCAGUGACACUCAGCUAAAACGAACACCAGAAGUUAAUAACAAAUAAUACACGCAGUCUGCUUUCUACAUACAGCUACAACAAUAUUGCAGCCUCCCGAUACCAGUCGUCUCCUUACAGUUUAAAGCGGGGUGCGUUCGUGACAGGCGCCAUUUCGGCCCCGAUUAUCUCGUCGAUCGCCUUCUUCCUUUUUCUUUUUUUUUUUUUCCUUUUUUUUUAUUCUAUCUCUCGAAAAUCAGCCUUGACGAUCUAUAUAUAUAUAUAUGUAACGGGGUUGCGAUCGAAAUCGCGAUUUUUACUCGCAUCGAGCGCAAUGGUGAAUAAAUACCGGGCCAGAAGAAAGGUGAUCGAUUCGAGAAGAGAGGGGAAGAGAGGUCGACACACGAACGAAGACGACACCGCGUUCAAUUGACUCGGGGCCGGUGGCGUCGCAAAACGUCCGAUCGUUUCCCUGCGCGUGCCUACGGGUUGCAUACUCACCCGGGCACUUGUGAACAAUGCAACCGGCAACACAUACAAGCAGCAACAAUAGACAUCUCUCUCUGUCUGAGCAGGGCACGUCGCGAUCGCUCCACGCGGCCUCUCGCCUGCGAUCGCCGUGCAUCCAAGUUAUAACCAAGCUACUAAAAAAAAAAAAAAAAAAAAAUCUAUACAUCUCAUAUUAUAUCCAACAGUGAUCAACGCAAACGCAGAUGCCACGAAGAGCAAUGCAAACAAAAAAAAAAUAAAAUAAAAUAAAAUAAAAUAAAAUAAAAUAAAAUAAAUAAUAAAUAAAUAAAAAUAAAAAUAAAAAUAAAAUAAGCAAGGAUCGCCCGGAGCCCGCAUCGUCGCGAUGCAAUCACGCGUCGGUUGAAUCGUUUUUCUCCGAUUCGGCUCGUCCCGUUUUCCACGAUCGCCGGAUUCGAGGAACGAUCGAUGCGCGUGGCUUUAGACGAUCGGGAUCGGGUGAAAGUCCCCCUUCAAAUCAAAACCCGCAGUCAGCACAGAAAUAUAAACGAUAAGUGCAGAGGAAACAAACUACUAUAGUAAACAAAAAAAAAAAAAAAGGUACAUAUUAUAUAUAUAUAUUAUAUAUAUAAAUAUAUAUAUAUAUAUUAUUAAUUAUUAUUAUUAAUUAUUAUUAAACAUACAUAAAAGAAAUAUUAUUAACAACACAAAGAAGUACUAUAUUACUACUAUUAUUAAUUAUUAUGAUUCUUAUUAUAAAUUUAAUGAAAAAAAACAAUGAUAACAUUCCAACCGUCAAUGUGCCACACGACUUUUUAUAUGCUCUUAAAGAAAAAAAAAAUAAAUAAAUAAAAUAAAAUAAAUAAAAAAAAAAAAUAAAAAAAAAUAAAUAAAAAAAAAAAUAAAAUAAAAAAUAUUAGAGGGAACGCGAGAUUUUGCGAUAAUCGUCGUUGGUGAUCAUCGGAAAAGCAGCGCGGAGGGAAAACGUUUUUUCGUAUUCGUUGACUGAGAACCGCGUGUAAAGCGAGGCUGUGAAGAAAGAUCGGGACCCCUUCUUCGAGCGUACCCCCUUCUCGAUUAAAAAAGAAACGGAUCGCUACUAGAUCAAAGAGAAAAUAAGGAAAGGUGCACACGAGGGGCGAGAACAAUUUGUCGCCAAUUUUCCCCUUAAAAAAACGAUUAAAUAAUAAUAAUAAUAAUCGAGUGCUCUCUACACGGUGAAGCUUCGAAGAACGGCGCAACAACGCGCCUUCGUCUCGUCGUUUCCCCAUUUUCAAAAGGAAAGAAAGGAAAAAAAAAAGAAAAAAAAAAAGAAAAGAAAAAGCAGAAAAAAAAAGAAAGAAAGAAAGAAAGAAUUAUCCUCGAGACGAAACGUCGACGCGAAAGCGAGCCGUCUUGCCGUCUAUUUCCGUAUAUUUCCUGGUCGACGACGGGAUCGAUCCUUAAAUAGGGCAUACUUAAUCGUUUCGACGAAUCCCCCCACCCCCCUCCCCCCGAUUACGACGAUUGUCGUCGUAUAACGAAGCGCUUGUUCCGCCUAGCUCUAUACUAUAUAUAUAUAUGUACAUAUAUAUGUAUAUAUAUAUGUAUAUAUACAUAUAUGUAUAUGUGUAUAUAUAUAUAUACACAUGCUAACAGACCAGACUCAUUGAUUUAAUUACGCGUAUUAAUUGCUGUUACGUUUGUUCAUUAUUAUUAUUAUUAUUAUUAUUAUUAUUAUUAUUAUUAUUAUCGAUAUUUUUAUUAACAUUGAUACAGUUACACGAUUAUUUUUUAUUACCGCUAUUUUUUAGUAAGUAGAGUAUAUACUCUCAGUAUAUUAUUAUUACUAUUAUUACUAUUAUUAUUAUUAUUAUUAUUAUUAUUAUUAUUAUUAUUAUUAUUAUUAUUAUUAUUAUUAGAUAUUAAUUAUUGAUACCGUUGUUAGAAGGCGUCUCUGUGAAUUCGACGGGCAUGGGUUCGCGAAUAACGAAUAACAGACACGCACGCGUACCAUCUAUGUGUUAUACCAUUAUCAUUAUAAAUAUUAUCUUCUAUUAUUAGUACAGUUUUAGAAUUUUACAUUGCAAGAAUAUUAGUUAGUCCGCGAGCCUUUCAAAAAUUUUACAUCACUCACGUAAAUAUAGGAAUGCAUAUAUAUAUAUAUAUAUACAUAUUAGCAUGUAUAGGCGGAUCGUAGGUGGGCGUGUCUGCGUUAACGCGAACAUAAUCGUGCGUUUGUUAAUAGAUUAGUUUAACGUGGUACUUAUCAUUAAUCAUCCUCACCUAUCUCAUUAUCGUUAUCAUCGAAUCAUCUCUGUAUCGUUAUCAUCGCCCUCCUUACAUAUCGUUUCCCGGAUCAUCGUUACUUUUAUUAUUAUUAUUAUUAUUAUUAGUACUAUUAUUAUUAUUAUUAUUAUUAUCCUCAUCGUCGUCAUUAUUCAUCAUGAUCGUUACGUAUUCGUUAAGAUUAUCGAUUUAGUUAUUUCAAUUUAAAAAAAGAAAAGAAAAAAAAAAACACGAAAGACGAUCAAUUUCUUAAGUAUACGUACGUUCAUUUUUUUCUUCUUUUUUUUUUUUUUUCUUUUUUUAUACAUUCUAACAUGUUUUCUUUUUAUACGUAUAUAUAUAUAUAUAUAUUUUUUUUUUUUUUAAAUAACGCGAGGCCCACGAGACAAACCCAAGUGCAAUCUUUUAUUUCUUGUUACUUUUGUCGUAGAUUACUUUCCCGUUUCUUAUCCCGACUCCGGCCCCGUGAACACCUCCCAUUCGUUGUUAGUUUCUUCUACGAAUCUAAGCUUUUCUUACGUAGCUCUAUCGAGUUUCUUCUCUCCUCUCGCGCCUCUCCUCCCUUCCCCUCCUCUUCUUUUCGUUCAAAGUACUUAUAGUUCUCUCGCGAAGACAGACAGAGGAAACGGUCAGAGUAAUACGUUCAUACCUAGCAAAAGGGGAAACCUUCAAAUACCACCGAUUUUAUUUCAAGCUUCGUUAUCGAUCGUUCUUAUUUUUCUUUCUUCUUUUUUUUUUUCUUUCGAUCGCUUCUCAAUCUUCCGCCCAAUCCGUUUCUUUUUCUUUUUUUUCCACGAAUUCCUCGGCGCGCGUCGAUCAAAGUCGAAGAGAAAAAAAAAAAGAAAAGAAAAAGAAAAAGAAAAAGGAAAGUAAUCGUUCGAUCGAUCAUUCUCUCCAGUCGUUUCGGUCAUUCCAUGAUCAUUCCGUAUUUGUUUCUAAAAAAAAAAAAAUCUUUUUCUACCCAGCCUGCGUCUCAACGGGGCACAGACGAUCCGCUGGAAGAACGAUGGAUGCUCGAACGAUCUUUCGAUUCUUUUCGCGAAUGCGCGAUAUAUUUCUCGCAUGCCCGAUUCUCAUCGGAGAAGGAUGAACGAAACAACGCGUGAAAAAACGUGGUCGAUGCCGUGCGCGCCAUUUCUUUUUUUUUUUCUCGAAAAUCUCGAUAACUUUCCCUUAUUUUCUCUUUCGUUGGACCGAUAAUGUAAUUAGCGUUAGUGUUUACCAUCGGCAAACAGGGCAUUCACAUCGUAUAUCGAAUCGAGAAGUUGAACACGAGUGACGAGGAGUUUAACGAGUGAGUCGCGUCUAGAGGCGAAGAUUAAACACAUUCCGCGGAAGAUCUUCGUUCCGCAGCUCUUCUCUUUUAUAUUAUAACAAUAAUAAUAAUAAUAAUAAUAAUAAUAAUAAUUAUAAUUAUAAUAAUAUGUCCGAUAUGCGGACGUUCGCGCGUCUCUUCGCGCUGCUUUGCCACGUCGAAGGCGCGAGACCAUCGUUUAAAUAACUUGUAUAAUCUAAUUUGGGCAUAAAAUGGCGCGAACACCGGCACGCGGUGUUUGCCCGUGCGUCGAAUAGAGAUCAACCUUGUACAUAUAGACCGCGACAUAUAGACAUUAUGCAUCACUUUCUGUAAAACUGACACGUAUACACGUACACAUCAAAUCACCACACAAAUGCUGCGAUUACGACACGAUUACUAACCUUACCGGUACAACACUGUUUUUUUCCUUCAUCGAGUUUUCAACGAUUACGGUGAUAUUUUCUUUAGGGAAAAAAAAAAAAAAAAAUUCAUCGAAUCGCGAAACAAGAUCUUUUCAGCCAUAUUCUUUUUCGUCGAAAAGUUUGCUCGAUACUCGUUCGAUGCGAUAGAUCGAACGAAUGUCGAAUAACGUUUGACGAGAACGCCCUCUUUCUUCUUUUAGAUAGAAACUCGGGCAAAGAAAGAUCGAAGAAGAAGAAAAAAAAAAAAAGAUAAAUAUAAUUGCAACGGUCCCCUGGUCCCUAAGCACUCGUUGAACACUCGUCUAAUCGCAACAGAGCCAGUCUUAAAUGUCUUGUAAAGUAACGGAAAAAAAAAGAAAAAAAAGCGGAGCAAAAUCGUGGACGCUUUCGCGCAGGCGUAUUUCGGCGUGGCGUAUCUAUCGUUUAAUCUCGCCUGCCGAAAGCUUAUAUUUCUUAGGUAGCCCUUGUGUAUAGAUGACGCUAAGUUUCCAGUGUAUCGAUAUGUACGGUGUAUUUCCGACGCGCAAGUUCGAUCGGUUCGAUCGAUCGACCAUCGACAUUACCCCCCCCCCCCCCCGCAGAACGUAGCCGAUAUUAUGUUUUCAUUUAUAUAUACAUAUAUAUAUAUAUAUCUAUCUUUCUCUCUCUCCUUUCUCUCACCUCGCCCCUUUAUAUCGUAAUCGCUCGUAUCAAGUACAAUGCAAAGUGUAACAGAUACACAUUCACGGAUAAACUUUUUUGCACGCAGUAAGAAUACAUAUAUAUAUAUAUAUAUAAAAAAAAAAAAAAUGAAAUGAUCUUCUUCGUACCUUCUCGCAGUCGGAUCCGAGUCUGAUCGCGAAUCUUCUUAUACAUUCUACUCUUGUAUCCCUGCCCUUGUCCGUUAGCCCUACCUCUCUCCUUAUUUUUCAACUCCUGUUUCGUUGAGCGGCAUAUCUCGUAGAGUUUAAGAGAUCUUUGUACGGGCCGAGGUGUGCCUAUGGUCCGGUAUUACCCGCGAUUCUCCGCGAUUCUCUGCGGUUUUGAUCGUUCGAGAAAAAAACUCGAGGCGAGUCUCGAAGAAGCGGGCGAUCGAUGCAUUCCCGCGAGUAGCUAGGCGCUACGGUUAGGUAUACGUCGUCGAAAUCUGGACCCCAGGUUGUCCUCGCCUCUUAUAGACGUAACACUUUCGCGUAAGCUCGUAACCAGAAAGAUCAUACAUAAAGAAAUUGACGGUACACGCAUACGAAUACACACGUAUACACGGAGGAAAAGGUAUACACAAAGUACAUUGAAGUUACGAGAAACGUCUGGCAACACACACGACACACACGAUGCAGUUACGCGUGAAAUAAAACGGAUAUACAUGUAUACACGGGCACGUAAUGUGCAGAAAACACUUACAUUCAUACACAUAAACACGGAGACAAGUACCCACACAGACGUGCGCGCGCAUAUACGUUUCGUAACGAAGUAUACAGUCUUAGCGCAGUGUUUCAUAUAGUUAGGUAGGAAACGUCGAGAGAAUAUUUUUUAUAUUCCACAUGGAUUUUACAGUUAUAUAUUAUCGUUUCGUAUCGAAAGGGAGGAGUUUAAAAAAGACGCGUCCAAAGCGUUACAUAGAUUAUAUAUUAUAAAUACGAGACCUCUCGAUAUACGUGUCGCCAUUUAUUGUUUACACCGCGAUGAUUAUAUAUCGAUUAUCGGUCAUUCUUAUAGGCGGUAGGCGCUGUCGUUUAUAUAUAUAUACAUAUAUAUAUACAUAUAUAUACACACAUAUAAAUAUAUCUAUAUAUAUAUUUAUAUAUAUAUAUAUAUAUAUAUAGAUUAAUAUUAAAGCGGCGCGCAGAGGUCACGCGCGCGUUUACGCGGCGUGUAUAUGCGCCGUUAAUUAAUCUCGUUGACGAUUAUUAAUAAUCGCGAGUCCGCUAGGAGCAAUCGAGCAAACGGCGUCGCGUUCGAUCGUAACUCUGGGGAGGGAGGAGGGCCCUUUGAGUUCGUCCACGGUAACCCUACGUCCACGUGCGAGCGAAACCACCGGCCCUUCAUUCGCUAUACUAGGCAGCCAUUCUCUAUUUCACUUUUAAAGGUCGAUCGCUCGCGCGAUUUUUCUUUCGUUUCGAACACUUUUCCUUUUCACCCGUUUCGCGAUGCAGGAGAGCUCGUUGGAGGAAUGUAAGCGGGAUCGAUUCAUUCAGACGAUACACACAACAUAACCUGUAUCUUUCACGAUACACACGAUACACGUAUACAUAAACGAAUACAUACACAUGCUCGCGACAAAUACACACGGUACACGGUUUAUUAUUUGUAAAAGAUUCGCGAAACAAUACGUAUAUAUUUACGAAACACAUACUUGUACCACAAUUGUAAUACAUCGAUAGACCAAUCUUUCGAGAAGUAAGACGCAGUUACGAAUGCGCUUGACCAAUGUAUCGCGUGCGAGAUAUAUCGAUAUGCUUCGAUCGAACGAUGAGAACAGUCGAACGCGAAUUGUAUAGAAAGUUGACGUACGUAAUCGUGGCGCGAUUAGGAUCGUCGUCGGGAGAGAUUAAAGUCGUGUUUUCUUUCUUUUUUUUUUUUCUUUUUUAAAUUGAAUUUCAAAAUCGUAUAAUUUUUUUUUUUUUUUUAUUGAUCGAUCGAUUCACGGUAUUAUGUAUACGGGGAAGAGAGGAUAUUCUGAAGUCGAUGGUCCGCGAUCGUCGAUUCGUUCGAGGUAUAAAAAAAAAAAAAAAAAAAAAAAAAAAACGAUCGUAUUCACCAGCGAUGACUGCGUGCACCAAUCGUCGGCAAAUUUAUUCGAUAAUUGUUAAAUUAUAAUCCGUGGAUCCGUCAGCCAAUUGAAAUUUAUCGGCGAUCGCUCGCCAUAUUUCGAUUUUUUAUUAAACCGAUAACAAAGAACCAACCGUCUGCCGCGAGUGAUCGCCGAUAAAGAGAAUUUUACGGUAUUCGGGGGAGGCAAACAUUGAUGCAUGAGUCCUCGAUGGUCUAACGGAAGCGGCUGUAAAUGCGGUUUGAACGGUUGAGAUCGAAGCUUGAUCGAGAGAGAGAGAGAGAAAAAAAAAAGACAUACUUUGGGCAUUCUUUUGAAUCGCGUUCGAAUGCGAAUUGCGAAUGAAUGAGAGUGGCGAGUGACGAACAGAUCGCAAGUACGUGGUUCGCAACUUUGAAACAUGUGAUACGUCAGUCGGCAGAAUUGACUUCCGGUUAUCGGGAACGAUCGGGAGAAGGGAGAAGGGAUGAUUGCGAAUGGAAAAAGAGGAAACGUAAGCAGGAAACGGAACAACGUAAGCAUACAUACUGGCAGUGGAUUCGCUGGCUGACGCAUUUUUUAAAGAUUCUUUGAAGUAGGAACGCUCUUUUGUUGAAAGGUUGAUUGUUAUCAAAAUGGUUGUGAGGUUAUAAUGUUUGAAAUGUGUUAAUGAUGCGACGCGAAAGUUCGAUCGACCGAUCGACACGACUUCCGGAAACGAAAUCGAUUUGUUCGAUUAAUCGAUUAUCGAUCGAAAGAAAUUUUUUUUCUUUUUUUCCCCCCUCCACGUUUCGAGAAGCCGUGUCGAUCGUCUCGCCGAAUAGCAGACGAGGAGACGAGUAAGGAAAACGUGCGUUCGCGUUCCAAAUUUUUUUUUUUCUUCUUUUUUCAUUCGAUUUCGCGAACAUUUCUUUUAAUCGAAGUUACAUUUUUUUCAACAUUACGUAUUAUAUAUUUGCUAUUUAUGAACAGAAUAUACGAAUAUACGGUCGAUCGGCCGUAGCAUUUAUUUCUCUUUACGUUUAAAUUGAAUUCGAUUGGCGGGAGCGCACGUGUUCCCCCAAUAUUGUGAAAUUCGUCUCCGAGGAAGCGUGCAACUGGCAUUACCCCGCAUAAAGUCUGGUUCGAAUUGUGUGUUCAAUUUACGACAAAUCGAUGAUGUUUUCCCGCGCUGUUUUCCCUUUCGAUUCGAAUAGGUUUAAAGUAAAAAAAAGUGGAAGAUCUCGUGCAUUAAGAGGGAGUUAAGUAACGACAGGUAAGACAUCCUCGAAUUGUUGUACGGAAGAUGAUCAACCAGGCCGAUGUUGAAAAAUGUGCGACUGAUAUAAACCAGUAUUCGUGCGAGAAAUAAUAAAUUGUAAAAUAAAAUUCGCGUAACCUAGCCUUAAUGAGAAAGAUUAAAAAUUAGGUGUAAUAGAGGCGGUGCCGCGAAUAAUGGCGGCCUCGCGUCGAAAUUAUCUCGAUUGGCUGUAAAAUAUUAUCGUGGGAGAUGGGAGCGACGGAUUCGACGUUUGGAGACAAACGAAAUUUCUCGAAUUUUCUCUUCGAGAAGAAAAGAUAAAUCGAUAACCGAAAGAAAGAAACGAAAACGUCGCUCGAACGUCGUUCCCCUUCGCACGGUGAUGUAUCUAGUGAGAGUAAUGUUACUAGGUAACUUAAGCGUAUUUUAAAAAAGAAAAAAAAGAAAAAAAGAGAAAAAAGUAUAACGAAAUGCCAGUUGUAGUAAAAAAAGUUUUUCUUUUCGAGAAAAGGAAAGAGAAAAAAGAGAAAAAAAAGACACAAAAAAAAAAGAAAGAAAGAAGAAGAAGAAAAAAAAAAAAGAAACACACGCCGGAAAAAAAGUACGUGGGAAGGCAUGUUCGAUAAAAGGGAGAACAUGUCUCGAGCGACGCGUCCAUUCAUUGCCGGGAAACGAAACUGUGCAACGAAUUGGCAACACGAGUAGUAGAAGAAAUAGAAAAUUGAUGGAACAGAAAGAUAUGAAAUUUUCGUUUAUUCGGUACGUUCGGCGAAAGGAAAGUUUCCCGCAAAACGGCAAAGAGAUCGUAUUUGGUCGCGCGAUGUCGUGGUACGAUCGGUUUUUCGUUUUUCUUUCUUUUUGAUUAUUUCGGACCGCCCGAAGGGAACGAUCACAAGGGAUGUUCCGCGAAACAUGAAAAUAGAGUGAACUGCUAAGGUGAUAGAAGGGUAAUAAAGGGUGUAUACAAUAUAAUAAACGGAAGCGAAAGAAAGAAAGGAUAAUGGCAGAGAAAAAAAAGAUGUUAAUAAAUAUACAUAUAUGUAUGUAUGGGCAACGGAACAUUGUCACAUGUGUAUACGCGAAUUUACAAAUUUUUUCAAGAAACGACAGCUUUACCGAUAGAUUAAACAAUAGAUUUUUCGCAACUUGGGCACACGUAAAGAAAACAAACACCUCAAACAACAUGACACACGAUUAACACAUUACAUACAAUACGCAUUACAUGUAAAGCGAUCCAUGCGAAACAAAAAAAAAAAAAAAAAAAAA